AUUGCCGGGUGAACGCUCUUAGUUCCGGUGAAGGGAAAAGAGACGUGGCGAAAUUGCUGUCUUUCUGUCUUAUAAGCACAUCUCUCACUAAUCCAGAAAGGGAACCAAGACAUCAAAAAGGGUGAAGACGCUCUCACAGUGUUUUUAGAGACCUUGCGUGAGCCCUCCCACCCCAGCCCGACCUGUUCUUCUAAAUGGGAGAUUAUGGAUUUGCAUUGCAAUUGGCUAGUAGCGGAGGCACUGGAUUUUCGCAACUGCGCAAACCAUGCAGGAUGAUUUACUGAUGGACAAAAGCAAAACCCAGCCCCAGCCCCAGCAGCAGCAGCGGCAGCAGCAGCAGCAGCAGCCCCAGCCCGAGCCCAGCGCAGCCGAAACCCCGUCCACGCCCCUCUCCUCGGAGACCCCCAAGCCGGAGGACAGCAGCGCAGUGCCGGCCCUGAGCCCUGCCGCGGCCCCGCCGGCCCCCAACGGCCCCGAAAAGAUGCAGAUGGAGUCGCCGCUCCUGCCGGGCUUGAGUUUCCACCAGCCCCCUCAGCAGCCGCCGCCGCCGCAGGAUCCCGCGGCGCCGGGUGCGUCGCUGUCGCCGUCCUUCGGCAGCACCUGGUCCACGGGCACCACGAACGCGGUGGAGGACAGCUUCUUCCAGGGGAUCACCCCAGUCAACGGGACCAUGCUCUUCCAGAACUUCCCGCACCACGUCAACCCCGUCUUCGGAGGCACCUUCUCCCCGCAGAUCGGCCUGGCGCAGACCCAGCACCACCAGCAGCCGCCUCCCGCGCCGCAGCCCGCGCAGCCGGCGCAGCCCCCGCAGGCGCAGCCCCAGCAGCAGCGCCGGUCGCCAGCCAGCCCCAGCCAGGCGCCCUACGCGCAGAGGAGUGCCGCCGCGGCUUACGGCCACCAGCCCAUCAUGACCAGCAAGCCGUCCUCGUCCUCGGCCGCCGCGGCCGCCGCAGCCGCAGCUGCCGCCUCGUCCGCCUCGUCCAGCUGGAACACGCACCAGAGCGUGAACGCCGCCUGGAGCGCGCCUUCUAACCCCUGGGGCGGCCUGCAGGCUGGCCGGGACCCUCGCCGGGCGGUCGGCGUGGGCGUGGGCGUGGGCGUCGGGGUGCCUUCACCGCUCAACCCCAUCUCGCCGCUCAAAAAACCCUUCUCCAGCAAUGUGAUCGCGCCGCCCAAGUUCCCCCGCGCGGCCCCGCUCACCUCCAAGUCCUGGAUGGAGGAUAACGCUUUCCGGACCGAUAAUGGUAACAAUCUGUUGCCAUUUCAGGACCGGAGUAGGCCCUAUGACACUUUUAACUUGCACUCGUUGGAGAACUCCUUAAUGGAUAUGAUAAGGACUGAUCAUGAGCCUCUGAAAGGUAAACACUACCCUCCCAGUGGCCCACCAAUGAGUUUCGCUGAUAUAAUGUGGAGGAAUCAUUUUGCAGGACGCAUGGGAAUAAAUUUCCAUCAUCCAGGAACAGAUAAUAUAAUGGCACUUAACACCAGGAGCUAUGGGCGGAGACGAGGUCGGUCUUCUCUCUUCCCCUUUGAAGAUGCCUUCCUGGAUGACAGUCAUGGCGAUCAGUCCUUGUCCUCUGGCUUAAGUUCCCCCACUCGCUGUCAAAAUGGGGAGCGAGUAGAGCGCUACUCUAGAAAGGUGUUUGUUGGAGGCCUUCCUCCUGACAUCGACGAAGAUGAGAUCACUGCCAGCUUCCGCAGGUUUGGACCUCUCGUGGUGGACUGGCCUCACAAAGCUGAAAGCAAGUCGUACUUUCCUCCGAAAGGCUAUGCCUUUCUGCUGUUCCAGGAGGAGAGCUCAGUGCAAGCUCUGAUCGAUGCCUGCCUGGAGGAAGACGGGAAACUGUACCUGUGCGUGUCCAGCCCCACCAUCAAGGAUAAACCGGUGCAAAUUCGACCAUGGAACCUAAGUGACAGUGACUUUGUAAUGGAUGGUUCUCAGCCUUUGGACCCCAGAAAAACUAUCUUUGUUGGGGGAGUUCCACGACCCCUUCGAGCUGUUGAACUGGCAAUGAUCAUGGACCGUUUGUAUGGUGGUGUCUGCUAUGCUGGCAUUGAUACGGACCCAGAGCUGAAGUACCCCAAAGGUGCUGGCCGCGUGGCGUUCUCCAAUCAGCAGAGCUACAUCGCAGCCAUCAGCGCUCGCUUUGUGCAGCUCCAACACAAUGACAUUGACAAACGGGUGGAAGUGAAGCCAUAUGUGCUGGAUGAUCAGAUGUGUGAUGAGUGCCAGGGCACGCGCUGUGGGGGGAAGUUUGCCCCGUUCUUCUGUGCCAACGUCACCUGCCUGCAGUAUUACUGCGAAUACUGCUGGGCCAGCAUCCACUCCCGCGCCGGCCGGGAGUUCCACAAACCGCUGGUGAAGGAGGGAGGCGACCGCCCUCGCCACGUCCCGUUCCGCUGGAGCUGAGCCCAGGGCAGACCUGGCCACAAGUACUGGAGUAGAUGACACGGAGGGAAACGAGAGGGCACUGCCUCAGGGCUUACAGUGUUCUGGAAAUCUGUGCAUUCGUUCUCGAUUUUUAAAGAAGAAAUGGGUCUUUUUAUUAUUAUUAUUAUUUACAGUCAUAUUACUGAACUCAAUGUCCAGUAUAAUGCAAAAUUGCAGAGUGUAUAACGGUACUGAUUUGCACUUUGAUUCACACCUUUGUCUGCUUGGUACCUUCAUUUCUUAUACCUGACUUGUCCCUCGUGACAGUACGUAGACUGCCAUUCUCAUCAGCGGCCAUCAGGUCGACGUCUGUGAUUUUUUCGUUUGUUGUUGUUGUGUUGUUGUUCCGAUUGUUUUUGAACUGGAGCAUGCACUUAUUUUCAGAAACUUAGAGAGUUGCCCCUAGGAGAAGACUUACCAAAGGUAAUACUCGUGAGUAGGUGGCAGAUGUAGCAAAAACUUCACAACAAUUCAGCAAUCACUAGUUGGGGUCAUUUAGAGUAAGGAUAACCCUUAAUGAAAAUAAGCCUUUAGUUGCUCUCUAUCUUGACAUGUAAGGAUACCUCAUAAGCUGAAUCUUUAUUUUUUCCUUCACGUUUGAUUUUUUGUUUUGCUGAGGACUUCAGUUAGAUCUUUUAGUGUUACGUAAAUUUAUGCUGCAAUAGCUUUUGCUGCUAUUAAAAUGGUAUUAUUAAUACCAUAAUACUCUAUUCAGGCUAAGGUAUCAAUGAAAAAAAACCCAACAACACACUUCUGUGAUUUAGGGAUAGAAUCCGCUGCCGAAAGGAGAUCAGAAGAGACUUCAGAAGGCUUCAACGGAAGGUCACUAUUUCCGACUGCAUGUUUACUUAAUCAGGUUGCUGCAUGCAAUAAAUUUUAUAUCCAAUGUCUAGUAUGAAACCUUCCCACAAUGCACAAAUUAAGAAUCUAUAUAAGCUAUAAAAUACUGAUUUUUUUAAACAAAAAAAAAACCAAGAUUUUUUUCAUUCAAAGAAUUGGUAAUUGACUGGAGGAAGGCAUGCCUCAAUAAAUGGAAUGCUUCUGAAAUUAGGAAGAGCCCAUAACAGAAUGACCUAUAUUACAACCAAUAUACAACCUAGGUGUAGGAUAUUCUUAAAGCAAACUCGUGGAUGGUAGAUGAAGUACUUUGCGGUGCUCUGUUAUAUAUUGUGCAAUUUAUUUUAUAUAGUAAAGUGAUUAUGUCUAACUGUGAUCAAACUUAACUGUUUAAAGCCUCUGUGUCAGACGUUAAUGAACUUGACAGUUCACAACUGGUAUACUCUUAACUAACACAUGAGCUCUUAGUUCCAAUCUCCUAGUGCUUGCACCAUUUUACAUAGCUUCAGACCUUGUCCAGAAAACCAAAGAGCUCAUCUUAGCUUACAAACACUAGGAAUAUAUACAGUAUAUAGAGAUAAGUUGUCAGAUUGACAAACUAGGCACACUUUAAGAAAGUCGCGUGAUGGUGAUGCUAAAGAAAUGUCUGUAUAAGAAAUGAUGGCCUGGGUGGGGCUGGUUGUCUGGGUGAGAAAUUCACUACUUAAUUCCCUGGAUUUAUCCUGUAAAGCUUGAAUAGAAUUAAGACCUGCUAAUACUACCGUGGACAUUUUUUUAGCAUUCACUCUUGGGCUGCAGAUAGUAAUAUAUAAACACACACGAUGAUUGUGAGACUAUGUAGAUUUUUUUUUUAAUCUUCUUCCUAUGUUUUGGAAAUCUGGGGACAAUCUGACUGGAUAUGACACUGCAGACUAGGUUUAAAUCGCUGUGUUUUAUGUGCUGUGAUGUCCUUGUACUGUCUUAAGUUAAUAUUGCUUGUUUUCGUCCCAUUCUGUUUUGUUUCUCCAGUGUUCCGUUGCAAUUAACAGCUCUCAAACUAUAGAUUGUUUCCAAAAAGGAAAAACAAAAUAGUUUUUUACUGGAUUAAAAAUGCUUAUUAGAAAUUCUCCCCUUUUGAGGUUACCUCUGGGCUUUUUGGUAAGAAUUGCUUUUUUCCAGCCCAGCUGUGGUUUUUCUGUUUGUUUGUUUUCUAUGUUUGUGGUUUGUUUUUUCAUCUGUACAAGAAAUUUUGUUAUGCACUACUACUUUUUGUAUUCUAGACAGUUUUCAAAAGUUGGCUGAAGAUUUUUUUGUUUGUUUGUUUUUAAGGAAAAAGGCAUGCUUUCUGACUGACAUGAUCUUUUGCAAUACCUCAAUUUUGAAAUAUAGGAGAGAAAAUGAUAUUUUCUAAGUAAUUUUAUUCAGAAAAAUAUAUAUUAAUUUAAUUCUGCAAGAAAAAUGAUUUAACAGAUGGGUAACUUUAUUUUUUUCAUGCUUAUUUGUGUUUUUUGAAAAUGAAGAAGUUAGAGCUUUAUAACUAUAAUAUUAAAGAUCAUAUCUAACCUACAGAAAUCUACCUAAUUAUAUGAAAGAAGCAAAACUUUUUGAAGAAGCACCCCUCUUUCAUGUACUAAAAUAACACUGAGAUUUAAAAAAAACAACAACAACAACAAAAAAUGCUGGAAGAUUGUACAGCAUAAAGCUUAACGUGAAAGUGAGAAAACGUGGUCAUGAAGAAUAGGUUACAAAAAAUAAACUCCAUUUGGUGCUGAAAGUUGUGAAUAGAUGGUGGAAACUACUUUCCCUUAAUUUGUAUAUUUAUAAUCAAGCGUUGAUUGUGCACGACUGGCCAGGAUUGUGAAAGAAUUCUUCUGUUUGUAUUUUUUUAAAGAGAACUUUUUUAGUUUAUUAAAUUAUAACAUGUUCCCUUUUGUUUUGUAAAUAAAUGUGCCCCCCUCCCCCAAGUUGUUAAUGUUAUAUUAAAAGAGAGGGUCCUUCAAAAAAAAUUAUUUUUUAAAACACAGAGGUGUUCUGACCUGCAACUUGACUGGGAAGCCCCUGGGUAUCACAGGUCCUGUUGUGGCCUUUCCUUGAUGUGACACUUGAACUAGUCGAUUUUUUGAAGGCUAUAACCUAACCUCGACUAUUUGUUGUUAUGUGCAAUACUGUUUGUACUGUUUGUAUAAAAAAUAGAAAAAAAAAGAAAAGAAAAAAGGCAUAAAUCUUUAUUGCAGAUUUAUUUUCAUUGCAAACUUUAGACAUUGUGAUUCACUGAAAUCAUUUUUCUACUGUCAAAUAUGUACCUUUUCUUCAUGCUGGUAUUUUUUCAAUAGUAAUGUAGCCUUUGUACUGAGACAAAUUUUCAUUGUUAUUUUUAGAGAGAUUUUUUGCUAAGAAAAAAAUUAAACAUAUUUACAUAUUUUUCAUUUUAUUUCGUAUUUUCUUUAAGGAGUGCUUUCUCAAUCAUUAAUAGAGUUGUUUCUGGGAGGGACUUUCAUAUCUGGUCAAUGUCAUAAUAUUAUUUUGUAUUUUUACUUGGAAUAAAUUAAUUUUAUGAUGCUAAUUCUUUAAAAGUUUAUUUUUUUCAUUUUCAGUUAUUUUUGAAGCUAAAACCUUUGUAAUAUUGUUACUAAAGUGUCUAGUUUUUUGAAAUGCAAAGCUUUAUGUAUUAACUUGCUGAUGUGGUUUACAAUAGUGUGACAACAAUGAAAACGGUUGGUUAUGUAAAGUGAUUGGAAAAUGUAAUGAAUAAUUGGGUAAUAAAAUGACAGAAUGAGCAGAACAUGUGAGAUUUUGACAAGCCUUUUCCUUUGUUACAGUGGUUUAGUGUAAGCUUAGGGAUGUCACAGUACAGUCCUCUAGGGAUGUCACAGUGGAUUUAUACAACACCAGGUGCAGCCACAUCUGUGGCCCUGAUCAUGGUCACCCUCACGAGACACCACCAGGCUGACACCUGGCCAGGUCAACAAAAUGACUCAUUGCUUUCCCCUCUGACUCUUCAUUAUGUCGUGUGUGUGUGUGUGUGUGUGUGUGUGUGUGUGUGUGUGAGAAUCUGCCCCCCACUGCUGUCCAUGUGUGAGUGAGAUGGUGCCUUUCGCCCAGGCCACACCUUUUCCAUUCAUUCACUGUGGUGACGUCUGAGAGUAAAAGGAAUUGCUGAGAGGACACUGCCUUCUGGGUAGUUAGACACAGAUUGCAGGGUCUCCCUGAGUCACCCCAGUUCCGCUGGAGGGUGUACCGAGGAGGCACUCUCAGCCGUCACCACGGUCAUGGACAGUCUCAGACUUCAUCUUCCUUCACCUCCCACCUGCUCCCUGCUAUGGUGCCCCUUGUUUGUCCCUAAUUGUCCCUUAUUGUGGCAACACAUCUGGCAACCCUCUGAGCAUGAUCUGUCUGCCCUCCUGCUUCUUUUCCAACACCCACCUCACCUCGAAGCUGUGCUGUGAAGGCAGCGUGCCAUUGUAAUGGCACCUAAAAUUAAGACGACAAAACGAACAUACAACUGCAAAACUGGUGUUGCGUAAACAGAACAUCCAAUGACUUGCUCUAGAUCGAUGGUGUGUUUCUACAAGUCCUUGGCGGCCUCUUCCGGCCCCGCUGCCAGGGAGGCGAGGCUGUCAAUGGCUCAGAGAAACGGGUGUCCAGCGUUGGCUUUGGGUAUGCUCUCUGUAUUCAGUUUUGUAAAUAAUAUAUAGAUUAGAUCAAGUCGUGAUGUAAAAUUUUAACUCAAAUUGGGUAUUACUGGUUGGAAUUUUACAUUAACUCACAAAUACGUGAUUAGGAACAGAAGAAACGAAAUUGGAAAAUUCUUGCUUAGUGGUAUAAAGAUUAUGCUUAGAUUUCUGCUUAUAUCUUGUGUUUUAUAGCUUGUUAGUGAGGCAUGGGCUAAUGCAGAAUGUAUUGCAUUGAUGCAAUUAGCAAAUAACUGCUAGUUUUAAUUUUAUCUAUUGUAUUAGCAACAAAAUGGUAUUUAACUGGGUAAGGCUCCUACCUAAAUAUUUGAGUAUUGUGACAUCUCUACUUGCAAGGUUUGAGUGAAAGAUUAGUCACAGAUUAGUGAAAAAAAAAAAAGUAUCUUUUUGUUAAAACUGGCUUAUUUGUAUGGAUUGUUGCUUUUUCACCAGUUUGUAUGGUAUGUCAGCUAACAUUUUCUGUUUCUUUCUUUUUUUUAAAUAAUAACCAAACUUCUCUAUCUCAGCUGCAAUAGUGUUCCAUUUUACCACAGAGUAUUUUAUAAUUAAUGCUGUUGACUUUAUACCCCAAAAUGGGUCAAGAAGUGGAUAUAUGAUUCGGAGAGGUUUAAAUUUGUAUGACGGUGAACUUAAUCGCCACAAGUAGAAAACUAGGGUGCUAAUACAGGACAACUUCUGCUCUUUUUUCUUUUCUGGAUCUAGUUCUGUUGGGGUAUAAAGUAUUAGGUAUUUGUAUUUUUGCUGUCAAAAUAAUGGACAUAACUUUUAGAGUGUUCACAGCUAAGAUCUCUGUAUUUGUUUUUCAACUAACAACUAAUUUUAAAUGUAUUGUAUCUUUUAUUACCUGUUCUCUUAGAUUGUUUUUGCUAGUAAUCCUUACUCAGCUUCUGCCUUUGGGCUUGGACUAACAUUGCUUGUAUGGAACUGCAGUACUGUGACUAAACAUGGAGCUCAAUGCAGCUACUGCUUCAACUGCUUAAACUUUGUAGUUUGGACUUCAUUUUUUUCUGUAAUAACAACUUAUUAAAUCUAGUUGUAUGAAGUA